UAUCGUUACAUUUUUAAUCAACUAAAGGACAAUUUUAUCCUUGAUGAUAAAACAAUGAAUUCGUCUCAUAAUUAAGGUUUACGGAGAAAUUAGACAUUUACUUCUAAAGAGCAAUUAAAAUUCGAAACAAAUUAUGUUUAAAAUCAGACUUGUUACGGGAACUUUGGAGCUCCAAAGAACCGCUAAAAGUUUUGACCAAUUUAUAUAGACCGAUUAGAUCCGGCGACUAAAAUCGACGGCCGGCGACUGACGGCGGCUAGAACCGCCAAGUGAGAAGUUAGAAAAGCAAGAGCGUAAACAGCUUUAGGGCCACAAGUUCCAAAGGAGAAAAAGCGAGGUUGGUAGUUCGAUCAAUUCAAUUCGAAUCAUCCUACUAAUUUUCUAGGUUUGCAUCUUGCCAGUAGAGGAGACAUCUCGAUCGGACCAAGUAUCCGGGAGUUCUAUUUGUGGAAAUAUGGGAGCUAAUCCCGAGCUUGAAAGCCUGUUUCCUGAGAAAAAGCGCUCUAGAAACCCCUUCGUUCCAAUUGGCGCCUUGAUCACAGCCGGGGUGCUGACUGCCGGUUUAAUUAGCUUCAAGAAAGGCAACUCCGAAUUGGGUCAGAAAUUGAUGCGAGCUCGUGUGGUCGCUCAGGGUGGAACGGUCGCGCUCAUGGUUGGCACCGCAGCCUACUAUGGAGAGAAGUUCUUUAGUUUGCAAAAAGAUCUGGUUCUAAUGAUGGGUUUUUUAGAAGAAAGAUUGUUGUCUGAGCAUUCAAAUAUCAAGAUUUCUUGGAUGAAAUCUCAAAUCUAUAAAAAAGAUGGUGUUUUAGGUUUUCAACAACCCAUUUCUUCUUCAUUACCGUCAUCAUCAUCAUCAUCAUCAUCAUUGCCAUCAUCAUCAUACUCAUCAUUUUCACCUCCAUUUGGUGUUGGUUUUCAUAAAACUUCAACUCCAUCUUCAUCUUCUUCAGGAACUAAGAUAAGCCCAGCUGUUCUUUUCAUUAUAGUGAUCUUGGCUGUUCUGUUUUUCAUAUCUGGUUUGCUUCAUUUGCUUGUAAGAUUCUUAACGAAACACCAUUCUUCGUCGAAUUCGUCCCAAUCGAAUCGAUAUCCGGAUGGAUCGACAUCCGAUACGCUUCAAAGACAGCUUCAACAGCUCUUCCAUUUGCACGAUUCCGGUUUAGAUCAAACGUUUAUCGACGCUUUACCUGUUUUCAUGUAUAAAGAAGUAGUGGGUGCAAACGAGCCGUUCGAUUGCGCUGUUUGUUUAUGCGAAUUCACCGAGAAUGAUAAAUUGAGAUUGCUCCCAACUUGCAGCCAUGCUUUUCAUAUAAACUGUAUAGAUACAUGGCUUCUAUCGAAUUCCACUUGCCCUCUUUGUAGAAACACUCUUUUCGACCCUGGAUUCUCCAUGGAUAACCCGAUAUUCGAUUUUGACGAUCCACGAGAACCGGAUGAGAACGGGUUAUCGGGUCCAAAAACAAUCGAACCUGAAAAAACCCCAAUUGGAAACGGGGUUUUCUCCGUGAGGCUUGGAAAGUUUAGAAAAUUGACCGAAAGUGAAGGCGAAACGGGAGGUGAAACCAGUAGUAGUAACUUAGAUGCAAGAAGGUGUUAUUCGAUGGGUUCUUAUGAAUAUGUUGUCGGUGAUGCAAAUCUUCGGGUUCCUUUGAGUGAUUUGAGAGAUGGGCAAGACGCGAAAUUUGUGAACGGAAUCGAAGAUAACAAUCUUGAUGAAGAUACUGAAGGGAAAAAGAUUGAUAUUAGCGCAAAAACGGAUAGUUAUUCGGUUUCGAAGAUCUGGCUAUGGUCGAAGAAGAGGAAAUAUGCAAGUUCUUCCGAGAAUCAAAUGCACAAUCCGUCUUCGGUCGACAUGGAAUUGCCGCGAUUCGGGCGAAUGCAAGGUACAUGAAAAGAAAUUUUGUUAAAUUCCAUGUUGUUUUAUGUGUACUUUUCUUGAUUGAUUAGCAAUCAAGAAGUGAAGUCUUGCUAUAUUUGAUUAAAUCUCGUAUAUUUUAAUGCAAGAUUUGUAGAUUUGAUGUGUAUUUGAUCAUUUGGUGCAAGAUUUAUGCCCUAAAA